CCCCUCCUACGCGUUCCCCACGCCCGCCCACCCACCCCGGCGACAGCCGGUGUCUCGCGGCGCGCGGGCGGGUGUGGCCGCCCAGCCCCGCCCCUGCUCCCGGUGGCGCCGGUGACCGGGGUGACGAUGCCGUUGGCGAGGUGGCGGCGGCUGCGACCGUUACUGUUGGAGAAGGAGGCGGCGACGGGGUCGGCGUGGGCCUUGUCAUCGGUCACCGCCACAGGCUCGUACCUCCGGGCUGCCCCGCCCUGCCCCUGAGCCGCGGGGAAGCGCCGGUGGCCGGGCCCGGCCGCCAUCUCCCCCCGCCCCCUGGCCGCCAUCUCCCCCUCUCCGUCCUCGAUGUCUCCCCCGCGGCGCGGAGGCCCCUUCGCCGCCUCCUCGCUCUCUUGCUCCUCGCCGCCGCCGCAGCCCUCUCGCCCCGCGGUCCGGCGGCGAGAGGCGUCCGGCCUCUCAGCCGUCAGGCCGCCGCUGCCGCCCGUCCCCCCGCCCGGCUGAGGAGAGGCCGCCGGACCACCCGCCAGGAUGAAGGUGGAAGCGGGAGAUAACUCCAUGAUCAACCUGUCGGUGCAGCAAGUGCUGAGCCUGUGGGCGCACGGCACCGUCCUCCGCAACCUCACCGAGAUGUGGUACUGGGUUUUCCUCUGGGCUCUCUUCUCCUCUCUCUUUGUCCAUGGUGCUGUGGGAGUAUUAAUGUUUGUGAUGCUGCAGAGGCAUAGGCAGGGGAGGCUGAUCUCUGUCAUUGUGGUCAGCGUUGGAUUUCUGGGCUCUGUAACUGGAGCAAUGAUAACCAGUGCUGCAGUAGCUGGAAUUUACAGAGUAGCAGGAAAGAAUAUGGCUCCCUUAGAAGCUCUUGUCUUUGGUGUUGGACAGACAGUACUGACAUUAAUUAUCUCAUUUUCAAGAAUUCUUGCAACACUUUGAGACUUAUGUAAAGGGGAAAAAAUCAACUGGUGUAAAGAAAUCUGAAAAGAAGCUUCCUGAAAGUGGAUUCACCAGCUUAAGAACCUGAAUUCUAGCGCAAGAGGAAGGAAGCUAUGUGGAACCUGCACUAGAAAUCUAGAGGUUCAGUCAAACGAACAGACUGUCCUCUAGUGUCUGAACUGUUGUACUUCUGCACUGCGCCUUCUGUGCCUCAGUCACAGGCAAGGUGCAACCCAUGUGUGUGAAGUUGAGAUAAAGCACCUUGAACAGCGCCAGUCAGGUUAAUGCUUGGCAUUGUUCUAACAGUGUUGUAAUAAAAUAAAGGGACACUCCUGAAAAUUGCUGUACAUGCCAAAUUUGGAGUUUAAUUCUUAACUGUUGGUUGGGUAAGCUUUGAAAUUCUAAUUACAGAAGAAUGCUGUGAGCAUACAUUCUACUUGAAUUCAGGUAAAAUAGCAAGAUAAUUGACUCUUGUGUUAGCAGAAUCUCUCUUGAAUACUGACUGUUGUUAUUCACCAUUAAAACAGACCUAAUAGGUGUUUUUGAAGUGUCGAUGAAUAUUGAUGAGGUUUAAGAACACAGCUUUAGCAACCCUGAUGUAAUUAGCACUAUGUGUGGAGUGGCUUGUGGUGGUUUUCUGAUGCUCAGCACAUUGUUUUUUCAUGGUUUUAGCUUGUCAGAAAUCAGUAGUUUAAGGAGACGGUAUGAGGGCUACUAAGUACAAUCUGUUGUGUAUGCACAAACAAAUCUUUAAUUGAUUCUUUCCUUGACAUUAUUUUGUCUUAAACAUACAGAUGGUUACCAACCCUUCUGAAAGCCUCAGAAAGGCUACUUGUUGCAAAUAAGCUCCCUAUAUUUAUUUAAGCACUGAUAGGUUUCUUCACCCUACAUGUAUUCUUUUUAAAGAACACACAAAUAUAGCAGACUUUAAGAGAAUACAGCUAUGACAAAAAUGGAAUGGGAUAAAAAAUAUGGCUUUCUACUGAAGAAAGAUGUUGAAUUUAAAAUAGUUACUAUACUCUAGUGCUGCCCCACUUCCAAACUUUUAAUGUAUUUACUACCUUGUUUCUGAACACUUUGUAUCUUGGAAAGAUUAAGAUAGCUGGAACUUUCAAAUGCUUAGCUUUCAGUAAAGUUUGUGCUUUUCUAGUUUAAAAGGGACAGUAGUGUUGUGCAUGUGAAAUGUCUUAAAUGUGAAUGUUUUGGAGUGAAUAGAAAUUUUAAGUCUAAUUAUUUAUGAAAUGCAAAAUUUAAAGGGCACAAAGUUCUGUGUGAGGAAUAAGGAAUCUUUUUACCUCUUUUCUCAACUGAAUGCUUUUCAGUGGUCAGCUUUUGAUGCUGACAGGAAGAAUAAAUUGCUCAAAGGUUUUGCUAUUAAGAUGUCAAAAAGACUUUCAGGACUGUUGAAACCAUUGGCACGUACUGCACAGAUAAACAAAUAUGGUUAAAACAUAACUUACAAUCCAGCCACAUUGCUUAGUGCUUCAAAAUAUUAUAAUUAACCCGUCUGUCUUUUUAUUUUACUCCACAAACGUUUUUAAAGUGCUAAAGAUGCUAAUUUUUUUUCUUUUAAAGUAUUUAAGUCUUGGAAAAUGUACAAAGUUAGGGGCUUUGCAGGGACCAAGGUAAAAUAUAGGUUUGUAAACCUUUUCAGUGUUAUGUUUUGGCUUUGAAUCAUUUUAAAAUGUGGCUGAAUACUUAUUAUUUCGAAUGUAUUCAAAAACAUUUAUUUUGUGGUUUGGAUUUUGUCUUGUGGGUUUACUUUCUGAUGAUACUUUUUGGCAUAACAAUUGUUGCACUUUAGACAGUGAAAUUAUUGCAUCCAUAAAAGGCAAUUUAAACUUCUCCCCAUUGUCUUAAAUUAUGACAAAACUGGUUUCAGGUAUUUAAGUCAAGCUGAUUAAUAAAAUAAUUGAAGAUAUUUUUUUCUAAUGUGCCUUGUUACAUAUAUUUUUAGGGGAAAGGAUUUAAAAACAAAACACAACUAUAUCUUCAUUCUUGUUCUGGUUUUGCUCUUUCUAAUUAAUUUGGUUAUCUGAUAUAAUGUCCUACUCAACAGACACUAAAACAUUUCUGUUUGACAGCCUGGAAAUUCUUGUCUGUAUCCAAACAGUUUCAAGAAGCACUGUAUUCAGUAAUUGGGAUUGUCUCAUGACUUUAUCUCACACUUGAACUUUUUCCCGGUUUCCAAAUUUGUUGAGCAUCUCGAUCCGUGUUUAUUGUAUGGGGCUAUUACACUACCACUGAUCAGUGGCUUGCUGUCUUUCACUAAGUUAAACUAUAACAGACUGCUGUGAACUUAUGAAAUGCGUAUACAAAACUUCUGUCAAUGAGCUUCACUCUUCAUUUUAAUUGUAGUGCCAAUGAAAUUGUUGCCAUUGUAACUUUCCUCCUUUGCCAAGGAGGCAUCUUUGCAGAUGUUAAGUUACCUUCCUCCAAAUAAUUUUUAUUGCAUAGAUCACUGUAAUCACUUCUAAAAUGUUAAGUGCUUAGAUGUCUCUACUUUAUAUGGCAUUAUUUCCUGGCAACAAUGAAUAGGCAGAUAAUAUAAUGCCUAAGUGGCUUAGCAGAAACCAAGUUACGUAUUUGAUAGAAAAUUGUUUAACUAUUUCCUGUGAGGGAUAUAUGAGGACAGAUAGCUUGUCUAUGAAAUAUUCUUUGAUCAUAGCAUGAACUUACUGUGUAGUAAUUCCAGCAAUGAAAGAAAGUGUUAAGUGGCCUUAUGUCUGUGAAACUUUGAAGUUUCAUUCCACAUUCUUAGGAGCAGCAUUGUUAAACAUAAGGUGCUCUAGUCAUAAUGCAGUGAAUGCAUAUAUGUGUGUGCAUGUGUAUAUAUAUGUAUAAGUGAUGGUUUUGGUUGUGUUCUAUACCUUACAUACACUAACAACUGAAAUAACUUGUCCAAGAAAAAGUACUCAGAUACUUCCCCACCCCCCACCCCCCC